AAACAUCAGGUUCAAAGUCAUUGUACAUGAAGCAUUUGUAGCGUUGGCAUCUUUCCGUGUAGUUUCCCGAUUAUAAUAACUGUUUUCCGUGAAUUGUGCACUAUGUUGACAUCAUUUCGGAAAAAAAAGAAUGUGCUUUAAAUUGUAGUGUUUAAAUCGUUAGUGCAGCUGUUUAUGAUUGUUUUAAGCCCAACAAGAGGACUAAUUCGAAGUUUGGAGAGGUGUCAGUGGAAAAAGCGAUUUAUGUCGAAUACCGUUACAAAUUCUUCUACUUGUCUGAGCGAGAGUCAGAGAAGAAAACUAACGGAUGAUGCAAAGCUGUGAAAAUAAAAAAGAAAAUAGUUAAUACACACAAAUGAAAUAAAGUCAAAUCUUGCAUUAAGACAAGAUUUAUUUAAAGUUUCUUAUCGUGCACAAAAGAUUUUUUUCUUCGAUUGAACCGUGUGAACACAUGAAAUGAGAAAUAUGAUCUCGAUAUGUAUACUGCUAACUCUAGCAGUUAGUUACGCUACUGGACGGAUAGCAUUUGAAAAAUUAACCGAUUUAGAUUACCAAGGCACAACCUACUAUAAUGUGAAAAACCUUUCACUCUAUGAAUGCCAAGGAUGGUGUCGAGAAGAACCGGAUUGUCAAGCAGCUGCGUUCAGUUUCGUCGUGAAUCCAUUGACACCUUCACAGGAAACUCUUUGUCAGUUGCAGAACGUUACGGCUGCCAAUAAUCCUGCAAGUACACCACAAAGAGCCUCCAGCAUGUACUACAUGGUAAAGUUACAGUUGCGAUCGGAAAAUGCGUGCCAACGUCCAUGGAAUUUCGAACGUGUUCCGAAUAAGAUUAUUCGUGGUUUGGACAACGCAUUAAUAUAUACAAGUACAAAAGAAGCAUGUCUAUCAGCAUGCCUGAAUGAGAAACGAUUCAUUUGUCGUUCUGUAGAAUAUGACUACAACAAUAUGAAAUGCGUUCUAAGCGAUUCGGACAGAAGAAGUGCCGGUCCGGUAAUGCAACUUGUCGAUGCACAAGGGGUGGACUUCUUCGAAAAUCUAUGUCUGAAACCAGUACAAGCGUGCAAAUUCAACAGAGGGUUUCAACUUCCUCGAAUAGGAGUUUCGGAAGAAAAAGUUUCGCAAUAUGUUGAAUUACAUUACUACACUGAUAAAGAGCUACAGGUUACAUCAGACCCGGCGUGUAAACUUGCUUGUGAAAUAGAAACCGAAUUCUUGUGUCGAUCUUACCUUUUCUCUGGUGAUCCCGAAGGUUCCAAGUACAAUUGUCGCUUAUUUCACCUUGAUCAUAAAUCGUUACCUGAUGGACCUUCUACAUACCUAAAUGGAGAACGUCCGCUAAUCGACAUUGGGGAACCAUCCGGAGUAUAUUACGAGAAUGUAUGUGAGAAGGCCGCACCUGGAGAAAACACGUUACCUAUCGUGUUCGAAACCACGGAAGAUCACACAAUCAAUAAUCUAACAAGAAAUGAUGCAAACUGCGAUAAAACUGGCACGUGCUAUGACGUAUCGGUGCAUUGUAAGGACACUAGGAUUGCCGUACAAGUUCGUACAAACAAACCUUUUAAUGGACGUAUCUAUGCUCUGGGACGCUCAGAAACCUGUAAUAUUGAUGUAAUCAAUUCGGAUUCAUUCCGAUUAGACCUGACAAUGGCAGGACAAGAUUGUAACACGCAAAGUGCAACUGGCAUUUACAGCAAUACAGUGGUCUUGCAGCACCACUCGGUUGUUAUGACUAAGGCAGAUAAAAUCUACAAAGUUAAAUGCACAUAUGAUAUGAGUUCAAAGAACAUUUCCUUUGGAAUGCUGCCUAUUCGUGAUCCGGAAAUGAUUCACAUAAACUCUUCACCUGAAGCUCCUCCACCGAGAAUUCGCAUUCUAGACGCAAGAAGUCGUGAAGUUGAAACUGUCCGGAUUGGUGACAGGCUUACUUUCCGUAUCGAGAUUCCGGAAGAUACUCCAUACGGAAUUUUUGCCCGAUCAUGCGUCGCUAUGGCGAAGGAUUCAAAAAGCACUUUCCAGAUAAUCGACGACGACGGAUGUCCGGUUGACCCAAGUAUAUUUCCCGCGUUCACUCAAGAUGGCAACGCUCUUCAAUCAAUUUAUGAGGCCUUUAGGUUCACCGAGAGCUAUGGUGUCAUUUUCCAAUGUAAUGUGAAGUAUUGCCUCGGAGCCUGUGAUCCAGCAGUAUGUGAAUGGGGUAGAGAUUCAGUAGAAUCGUGGGGCAGGAAGCGUCGUUCCGUCAUGAGGAAUCAAACCAUGGAAGGCGAAGAACGAGAAGAGGAAGAAGAAAAGGAAGAAGACAUGAAUAUUUCUCAGGAAAUACUUGUUCUUGAUUUUGGCGAUGGAAAGAAUCGAGAUUUCCUCCGAAGUGAGGCCAGCGCAGAAUACGGAAGAGAUAAAACCGUCACCAUCAUCGAGCCUUGUCCAACGAAAACAUCCGUACUUGCACUUGCCGUAACGUGCUCUCUAAUGGUUCUUGUUUAUAUGUCAACUAUUUUUUGCUAUUAUAUGAAAAAAUGGAUACAUCCGCAGAAGAUUAUGUCAUAAGACAAAGGUUUCUAGCUUACAUUAUUUAGGUCUCUAAUUUUGGUCGUUAACAAUAUUUGUGUUGGGGUUUCCACAGAACAAAAAGUCAUGCCAACGAACAAUAAGAAUUUUUUUUAAAGCACUUCAACAUCAUUAUUCAGUAUUUAUUAUUAGUAUUUAUUUGACAUCGACUCUCAGAAAAGUAUUAGACGAUGACAGUUCGAGCAAGCUCAACCAAUUCCUAGAAUCUCUAAAUAGGUUUUCAGUUUCAUUGAACAUCAGUUAUAUCGAUUUGAUAUACUCUAUUAUACACAUUGCUUUGGAUACAUUUUACCAAUGAAACCAUGUUUUGCAUAUGUCGACGAUUUUUUUAAUUAUUGUUAUUUUCAAUAAUCUUUCAUUCAUUUGGAUAAAAACAUAAAUUGAAACCGAUUUAUGUUAAUUAUGUUUAAGGUAUGUUUGAUGUGUUCGAAAUGGGAUUCCGAAUUUAUUAGCCUCGAAGCAUAUUGUGGUUGGAUCGAAAUUGCUAUGUUUACACAAGGAGAUAAUAUUCAACUUUAUACUUUUACAUGAAGAAAUUGAGUCUUUUUAUGGUUUCUGUACACCAUACUUUAAGGCAAAAGUGAAAGUCGGCAUUCAGUAGUUUCUAGAAUUCCAUAACAAUUGUUAUAUCCUAAUUAUUCAAUUUUUUAUGCGAAUACUUGAUACAACUUGUGAACAAACAGCCAACUUUUUCAAAAUCAUAAAUGUGAAGAAGGAAUCUUGCAAAACAACAGAAACACAAGCUACCUAAAAGUCGAUCGUUCAAAAUGCGUGACAAACAGUUCGAAAAUCAAUUGUUGGAAAAAUACGCCGCCGUAUGCAAAACAAAAGCUAUACAUAUUACAAAAAAAAACAUUUCUGCUAUUGCUGGCAUGACCACGACCACUUAUGCAUGAAAAUUGGUUAUAAAAUAACAUAGUGCUGAGAAUUAAAAACAAACAUAUUUUUUUAACCUACACAGUAAUAGCUCUGAAAAAAUUCCGGUGAUGUAAUAUUAUUCUGAAGAGUCGAACACCAUACAUAAAUUAGUAAGUUGUAAAUGAAAACAUUUUUAAAUUUGCAUUUAUAUUUGAGAUUUUAAUUUACAACCUGUUUUAUACUAGUUUCGAGCUUUUUAAAAAAAACAGUUUCCCUUCUGUUCAGCGAGUGAUAUUGAAAAUAAAGAGAUUGUGGAAACUAUUUUGGAGCUUUUGUGUUACAGUGACCAGAAAUUGCGUUGUGACUUGUAAAAUGUCUGUCUAAAAGAAUCGAGAAAUCAAACAUCUAACUGAUAUGAUACGGUACACAGUGUCUUCCAGUAUAACGGUAUUACUACUCAAAUGCUUUGAUAAACGGACGAUAAUAGCAACAUUAACAUGGAAACUGAAAAAUAGUAUUAAUGCAAUAGCAGUAAAGACGGUUAAAUAGUAAUAACGUCAGAAACUUAUUGAACUGCAAAACGGCGUAAAAUAUGGUUGUCGAAUCAUGGCACUUUCUGUUGGGUUAAUUCUAAUUAUAGAGUUUAUGCGGAAAAAAAUGAUCGAAUGUGACAUUUCGAAGAGCCGAAUUAAUUCUUGCGAAUAAGAUUCAUAACAAGCAGUAUUAAAAUUAACAAAGGAAGUGAAAAAUAAAUCGAAAAAAGUGACUCUACGAUUAUUAACCCACAUAGAGACUGCAUAUGCAUUAGAAUAGUAAUUUAUUUUAAACAAGUAGUUUCUAGCUAAAUUAUUAAACAUAUUUGUUAUUUUAACUUUCGUGCCUAUUCUUUGACACAACAAAUCACGUCUAAUUCAUAUCAUCCACACCAUCCCAUAUAAGCGUUCGAACAGGAAACGUAAGAACAAGAACAAUAAAUAUAAUCAAAACAACAUAUUUAUGAGAUCUAUUGUAUCACAAACUUCUACCAAUAAAUUAUUAUUAGAUUCGUA